AUGUCGAGACGAACUGAAAUGCCGCCUGACCAAAGCCGAUACUCGAAGAAGACAUUGAUCGGCAAUUGGAACGAGGAAAGACAGGAGAUCUACGCAAAAGACAUGCCAAAGGUUUCGACGAACAAAGAUGAUUUUUCCCAGCACGAGCCUGAAAGAUAUCACCAAUCUUACAGAACGAAGUAUGGACACCACCUCGCGUACCAAAAAAUGACCGCUUCAACUGGAAACAUGUUCAUUUCCGGUUUCCCUGCCCGAAAGCCUGACUACCUAGUAACCACUGGCACAGAUCAACCGACGACUGACUACAGAGAGAAGAAAAAGACGGGACUCACUGAAGAUUUCGGAAUCAAGCCUGAACGAUUCAGUCACAAGAGAAUGAAUAUAGCAGCGAGGAACAAGUCGACAGCCAUUUAUCCAUAUGAUAAACAAUAA